AUGAAAUUCAAGAAUUUCGAUUUAUAUUCAACUCAUAAAUGUGGAUCAAUCAAUUGUGAAUGUAAAACAUUCCAGCCAAUUUUAAACAACAUACGUCAAUGUACCAAUUGUCAUCAUUCUUGGACUUUACAUGUUCUUCCAAAAUUGGCAAAUUCACCAGGAGGAUAUUAUGAAUUGAACAAUUCAUCAAAUGGCACGAUGUUGAAUGCAACUUUCGAAUUGUUAAGUAUGUCAUUGUUUGGUUGUCAAGCGAUACCAAUGCGUAUAAAAAUUCUGCUGGAUCGUUUAUUAUCUGGUCAACUGGCACAUGCUGAUGUAGUUCGAUUAUUGUUAACCUUUGGUUGGUCAUUUCAAGAUUACAGUCGUGGUUAUAUGUUAACUAAUCCAAAUGGCACGUUAAAAGAUCAUUGGGAGAUGUGUAAUUUAGAUGAAGAAAAUUUAAUUAUUCAACAAUUUUUACGUUUUCCUGAAACUUGUCAACUAGCUUACUUAAUGUUAUCACAAGGAUAUACUCAAAAAAUUUCAACUGGACUAUCACAUUUGAAUCCAAUAGUCAAUCGAAAUUUUUUACAAUCAACCUUGUCAAGUCAAUUAUCACAAUCGGUUGGUAAUAUGACAGCGGUUACUACUGGUAAUAGUAAUACUAAUACUGUCACUUCUACUACGACUACUACCACUAAUAAUAAUAACAAUCAUAACAUUGGUAAUGUUGAUAGUAUCAAUGUGCAUAGCGGUCAAACAUCACCUGAUCCAACUUAUAAACUAAAAUCUGAUAUAAAAUCUGAUAAUAUGAAAUCACAAAAUCACACUUUAGGAUUAUUAUCUCCAACAAUAACAGAAAUCUCUCCAAACAGUACUAGAACAUUGACAAUUUCAUCAUUCUCCAAUAGUUCCUCCUCGUCUGUUUCACCAAUUCACGAGAAUAAACAACGGAAUGCAACUGGUACUAUGCUCACUUCACCAAACAGUACAAAUAAUACUCCAUAUAGUAGUAAUAGUAGUAGUAACAGUAAUAGUAAUAAUAGUAUGAAAAAGAAUAAAAUGCAUCAUACUAAUACAUUUUUAGAAAUGACUAAAAAUGAUAUAGACUUAAAUCAAACAUCACCACUAUUGACACAUAGAACAAUGAACAAUAAAAAUGAAGGCAAACGAUUGAAACCAAAUGGAAAUGAACAAAACUUUAAUUUGUUUAAAGGAAAUGAUAAUAACAGUAAUCCAUUGAAUACUAACGUGAACAAUAUCAUAAAUAAUAAAGACAAUAGUAAUAAUAAUAAUAAUAAUAAUAAUGAUAACAAUUAUCAUAAUCCAUUUAUUACUGCAAUGGCAGCAGCUGCAGCCGCAGCUCUCAAUGGAUUUCCAUUGCCUUCAAAUAUUUUCAAUAGUUUAAAUCCAUUUUUUAAUAAUUCAACUUUGAAAAAUUCAAAAUCAUUUCUAGAUACAAAAUUAUUCGAUAUGAAAUUAAGUGAACAAUUAUUAAUGAAUAAAAUGCUCAAUAAAUCAGAUAGUCAUUGUUCAAUGGAAGAGAAAAAACUCAGUGAUCAAUCGAAAUUAUCAUUUACAAUGUCAUCAAAUCAAGAUAUUUUAUCAAAUACUACUACUACUAAUAAUAAUAAUAAUAAUUUAAUGAAUUUCGCAUCAUUCAACUCAUCAACAUUUCCAGUUUCGUCUCAAUUAGCUAAUGCAUUAGUUGCUGCAGCUACAUUUCACUCGAAACAUCCUUCUUCACUCAUAUCACCACAGACAUCGCUGAAUUCAUCCUCAUCACCGUCAACAUCAUCAGCGGCGGCGGUAGCAGCCGCGGUUGCUGGAGCAUUAGGCACACUUUCAAAUAUCAAUCUAAGCAAUGCUGCAAUGUCACUAGGAUCAUUCACGACGACGAUGACGGCAACAACAACAACAGCAACGUCUAUGUCGUCGACAGCAGCAGCGACAAUAACAGCCACAUCAUCAACACCAGGGUUCUCGUCAUCUUGUAAUGUGAACAGCAAUUCUUCGCCAAAUGACUUGAUGAAUUUAAAUAUAUGGAAUGAUGUUCACAUUCCAACUAAAUUAAAUAAUCAUGAUAAUAAUAAUAAUAAUAACAAUAAUAUGCAAAUUCCGUUAAAACAAAGUCAAACUAUGUUGAAUGAACAAACAAAUCCAUUUCAUUCAGUUGAUACUAGUUUGUUUGGAGUAAAUAAUUGGUUACCGAGUGCUUUACAUAAUUUACCAACAAUGGAUCAAGAAUACAACAAUAAUUCAGAAUUGAUGCUUUUCAAUUCAACUAUUCAAAAUUUAUCGAUGAAUUCAUUGAAAUCGAAAUAUUUCAGUGAAAAUCGUUCAAAUCCGAAUAAACAUCCUCACCAUCAACAUCAUCAUCAUCAUCAGAAUGCAUCAUCAAAUUCUACACUGACAUCAAUCAAUACAACAACAUCAGGAUCAACUCAUUAUCAUCCUCAUUCAAAUCAGAUGACAAAACGAAAAUAUGAAAAUCGUCGAUUGGAUUUAAUGAAAACUCGACGAAACAACAACACAUCAUCAUUGUCAACGUCAGCAGUAGCAGCAGCAACAACAACAACAACAGUCAAAUCAAUCAAUCCAUCAACUGCCAAUUAUUCCAUUUCCGGCAUGAAUUCACCAGUUGAUGAACAUCGUCAUGAAAGCAAUGGUUAUAAUUUUUCACGUAAUAAAAAACGUGUUCUAUGCACCACAUGUAAAAAAUCAUUUUGUGAUAAAGGAGCACUUAAAAUUCAUUAUAGUGCAGUACAUUUAAAAGAAAUGCAUAAAUGUACAAUUAAAGGUUGUAGUAUGUGGUUUAGUUCACGGCGAAGUCGUAAUCGUCAUUCAGCUAAUCCAAAUCCACGUUUACAUAUGGCACAUUCCAGUAAAAAACUUCCAGAAAAUGCAACAAUUGUUGAUGAUGGUAGUGGCAAAGUAAUAGGUAGACGUAAUCCUUUGCCGAAUUCCGUAUUAAAUCCUCCAUUAUUACCAGUUAUGACAAUGACCUCGUCAACAAUGAGUGUAAAUUCUACACCGUGUAAUGAAUGGACCAAUGAAUUCAAUGAUUCUGUACAAAUCAAAGAUUUAAGUACAAAAUGUAAAUCAUCCACUAAGAAUGCUCAUCAAACAACUCGACGUAAACGUGAUCGAUCCACAUUAAGUGAUUAUAUGAAUUGGCCAGAAUUAUCAAUGGAUUCCAUAGAUCAUACAUUAAAUAAUCAAGAACUUCAAACACAUCAUUCUUCUCGUUUAAAUUGUCGUCAGUCCCAUCAUCAACAUCAUCAUCAUUAUAAACAACGUUUGAGCUCAUGGAAAUAUUGUAAAACUGAAGUGAAUUCCGAUGUUGAACUACAUAAUAAUGAUUAUUGGAAUGAAUCAAAUUAUGUGCAAAGUAUUGAUUCCAGUGGUAAUGAUCAUAAACACAAGAACAGUAAACAAGAUUAUCUAUCGAGUAAUAAUAGUGAAUUCGAAAGUGAGAAUAAUCAAUCGGAUGAUGAUGACGAUGAUGAUGAUGAUAACAAUAAUAAUAACAAAAAUAACUCUGAGGAAGAAGACGGAGAUGAGGAUGAAGACGAUGAUGACGAGGAAGGUAUUCUACUACCGGAUGGAAUUAAUUCGUAUACAGAUGAAAAUGAUGAUUGUAUGACAACGACCAAUAAUUCAGAACAUAAUUUAGAAAUUAUGAAUAAUGAUAAUAAUAAUAAUAAUCAUAAUGAAAAUACUAAUGAUCAUGAUGAAUUGAUUCAGAUCGAUAAUCAUGUCGAUGAUAAGCAAGAACACAAUGAGAAUUCCAAAUCCCACUUAAUGAUCAAAUCAACCUCGUCAAUGAGUAUGAAUAAAAUGAAUGAAUUGAAAAUACUCACUGAUUCUGAUGAAAUUCAUGAGAUUGGAUUAGAUGAAGAACAUUAUCCAAUGAAGAAACAUUCAACUUAUUAUAAAUCGACAACAUCUGAUUUCUCAGCUGCUUCAUUGGCUCAAUCACCAUGUCAUCAUCCUAUUGAUAAUAAGGAGAGUUAA